CGUCUGGACUUCUCUGUGGUGGUCGUGCCUGGUCCCUCAUGUGACACCAGAGGUUCUCACGGCAUGGGGUGACAGAGAGGCACCCUAUAGUAAUGUGGAUUGCAGCAUUGGUGCCCUGACAAUCCAGCACCACAGGUCUUCUGUUCUUAAUCCCUGGAACACGAUGCACGGUCGGCUUAAAGUAAAGACUACUUUGGAGCAACAGGAGGCGAAGAACAAGGAGAGAGAGAAAAAGCUACAACUCUAUGUGAGCGCCACACAGGCUGCAUUUAAUAAGCGGAAAGCCGGGCAGUUGGAUAAAGAAGCACUGGAAUUAACAGCUCAGAUAUUGGCUUUAAACCCAGAUUUUGCCUCAUUAUGGAAUUUAAGACGAGAAGUUUUUUUUGCACUUGCAGCUGACAGGUCAGAUGAAGAGAUGGGUUCACUGUAUGUGGCAGAGCUCUCCUUUCUAGAGAGCUGUCUACGUGUCAAUCCAAAAUCCUAUGGCACGUGGUAUCAUCGUUGUUGGAUCAUGCAGCACAUGCCAGAACCAGACUGGUCACGGGAGCUGACACUUUGCAAUCGAUUUUUGGAGAUUGAUGAAAGGAACUUUCAUUGCUGGGAUUACCGAAGUUUUGUUACCCAUUCAUUUAAUGUUCCACACUCUGAAGAACUUGAAUUUACUAGCAGCCUUAUCACCAAAAACUUCUCCAAUUACUCAUCUUGGCAUUAUCGGAGCAAGCUUCUUCCCCAGAUUCAUCCAGACCCACAGCAUCUAGGCCGAGCCACUGAAGAUGUCCUGCUAUCAGAGCUGGAACUUGUACAAAAUGCGUUCUUCACAGACCCAAAUGACCAGAGCGCCUGGUUUUACAAUCGGUGGCUUCUUGGAAGAGCUGAUCUCCCUCUCUCUAUCCGAUGUAUAUCUGUUGAUGUGGUUGGUUCCUGGGUAUCGGUGACUUUUACUCAUCCAGUUUUAGCACAAAGUGAUCUGAUACUGUUUAUUGAUGAAAAACCAGUAAUGGUCACAUGGAGAACAUCGGAUGGAAAAGCCAAGCCAAGUUUACUCUGGGUCUGUGAAUUCCCCAAAGAGCGUCUCAGUGACAAAUGUCAGCAUAAAUUUAAAGUUAUCUGGAAGGAUGGAGAAGCUCAAAAAGAGUGCGUCUUAUACCCAGGAAAACAGAGCACAUGGUUUCGAGAUUCCGCAUCAGAGGAUAAAAUCUUCAGUUUGGAGCUGUCAGAGGGAAAGAGCAACGUGUUACAACAGGAAUUGCAGUCCUGCAAGGAGCUGCAGGAGCUGGAGCCUGAAAACAAGUGGUGUCUACUGACUAUAAUUCUCUUAAUGCGUGCCCUGGAUCCAUUACUUUAUGAGAAAGAGUCACUCUGUUACUUCGAUACACUGAAGGUCGUGGACCCAAUGCGUUCGGGUUACUAUGAUGACCUGCGCAGCAAGUUCCAGAUAGAAAAUGCGAUUUUAAAAAUGGAAUAUGCAGAAGCAAAUGUGAUCAUAAUUUCACAUAAGGAUCUCACGCGAUUGUAUCACCUAGACCACUUGUUAUUGACCAGUCACAUGUGUCUUUCGAAUAAUAAGCUUCGUAGUCUUCCCAGUGAUUUCUCCAUGUUACGAUAUAUUGAGGUGCUGGAAGUAGACAAUAAUGAGAUUUCACAUCUAGAAGGAGUGUGGAAUUUACCAAGGCUUGAAGAGUUGUCUUUGCAGUUUAAUAAAAUUGAGAAUGUUCUGAACCUCCAAGCUCUUUGUAGCUGCCCUCGACUCUCUGUCCUACGUUUACAAGAAAACCCCAUAUGUGAAACUGAAGAUGCCGAAGACAAGCUCAGAGCUCUUCUACCGCAUGUGUCCCUUAUUGAGAUGUGACAUAUUUAUUAUGGCCGUUAUUAUUGUCACAUUAUAAAUAAAGAAUUUCCGUUCUA